AUGCCGCUGGACGGCCGCCCCGCCGUCCUCAUCCGCGCGCGAGAGCUCCGUGCCCGGCGUAGAGCUGCGGCCAUGGCGUCCGCGUUCGCGGCCGCCGCCGCCGACGCACACCGCCCGCACGGCGCCGCCGCGCGCGUGAGCACGAGCUCCGCGCGCCCGACGUCGACACCGCUGGAGCAGGGGAAGGGCGAGCCGCCGUCGCCUCCGCACCGCCCGCGGCGCUCCGGCCGGCCGCCCGUGCGCGCACCUCUGCGGCCUGCCUCGCUGCCGUUUGGCCUGCCGCGCGCUCCGCCUGCCGUCGCGCAUGGCCACCGCGUGCUCCGCCCGUCAUCGCGCUUGGCCUGCCGAGGCCGCUCCUCUCCGCCGCGCCGCACCGCGGUCGGCCAGCCGCGGUCGCCCGGCCGCGGCCGCUCCUCUCCGCUGUGCCGCACCGCGGUCGGCCCGCCGCGGCCGCUCCUCUCCGCACGACCGGCGCGGUAG